AUGGCCAAUUCAUAUUUCACUGAAAUCCAAGAAUUACCUCCAGACCCUCUUUUCGGGUUGAAAGCAAGAUACAGCAAAGAUACCCGUACUGACAAGGUUGAUUUGGGAAUUGGUGCUUACAGAGAUAACAACGGUAAGCCUUGGGUUUUACCAGCAGUCCAACAAGCAGAAGCCAAGUUAGCCAAAACUCCAGGUUACAACCACGAAUACUUGGGAAUCGCAGGUUACGAACCUUUUGUUUCCAGUGCUGCUAAGAUCAUCUUAAAUGGUGACAAUAAGGACGUUUUGGAAAGAACUGUUUCUGUUCAAACAUUAUCCGGUACUGGAUCUCUUCAUUUAGCUGGGUUAUUCCUUAAGAAGUUUUACAAGGGAAGCAAUGCGUUGUAUUUGUCACUGCCAACCUGGGCCAAUCACAACCAAGUGUUUGCAUCAAUUGGAUUCGAUGUUAAAUCUUAUCCUUAUUGGGAUAAUGAUACCAAAUCACUUGAUUUGAAUGGUUUUUUGAAUGCCAUUGCUCUGGCACCUCCAAAAUCAGUGUUUCUUUUACACGCUUGUGCCCAUAACCCAACAGGACUUGACCCCACCAAGGAAGAAUGGAGCAAGAUUCUUGAAGCCAUGAGUAAAUAUGAUCAUCUUCCUCUCUUUGACAGUGCUUAUCAAGGGUUUGCUUCCGGAUCAUUGGAGAAUGACAGAUUUGCAAUUGAAGCAGCCACCUCUGCCUCUAGUCCAAUCAAAUCGUCACCCAUUAUUAUUUGUCAAUCGUUUGCAAAGAACUGUGGGAUGUAUGGUGAAAGAGUAGGAGCUUUACAUAUUGUGCUACCUAAGGAUUUGGUUGAUUUGAAGCCCGCCAUCAAGUCACAAUUGAAUAAGAUUAUUAGAUGCGAAAUCUCCAACCCCCCAGCAUAUGGUGCUAAAGUGGUAGCAUUAAUCUUGGAAGAUAAGGCAUUGUACAAGCAGUGGACAGAAGACUUGCAAGUGAUGGCCAACAGAAUAAAAUCCAUGAGAGUGAAGUUGAGAGACUUGUUAACCAACAAAUAUAAGACUCCUGGUAAUUGGGAUCACAUUGUGGAUCAAACAGGAAUGUUCUCAUUCACUGGAUUGAAUAAGGACAUGGUUGAAAGAUUAGAAAGAAAUCAUGGUGUUUAUUUGGUGAGUAGUGGUCGUGCUUCUGUUGCUGGAUUGAAUGAUUCUAAUGUGGAGAGAGUUGCUCAAGCCAUUGAUGAAGUUGUUAGAUUCCAAUCUAAGUUGUAA